AUGAAGUUUAUUUUUGCUUUCCUCUUAUUUGCUACGCUCUCCAUGGUGGUAAAUGCUAUUCCACAUCAACUUCUUAAAAGAGCUCCUUCAAUAUUUUUUCAAUGUCCUGCAAUAAAAGCUGGACAAGUAGCACCACCUCAACUUACUGUCGCACUUUCACCUGAUCCUCCCGUUCCUGGACAAGUUGAUACUUUUAGUAUUUCUGGAACACUAAGUCGUCCUGUCGCCAAUGGCGACUUUACCGUUGCUGGUUUUUAUGAUCCUGCAACUAAGAGUAUGGUAGGUGAUAUAAAUGCUGCGCCAGCCAGCCCUACAACACCAUUUUCUCAAGUAUUGAGUGUUAAUGUACCAGCAGCAUUACCUGCACAAUACCUUAUUCUAGUUAUGGUUGCGAAUCCAAAAACUGAGGAUAUUAUAGGCUGUGCAGGCGCUAUGGUUGGUGGUACCGCUAAAGUUGCAGAAUUUAGCUAUAAUUCCAUUCUUGCAAGUUAUAGUAUAGAAGCAUAA